AUGGAGUGUGCGCUCGAGCACGAGCAACAGGUGAAACGCUACCAGUGCAUGUUCGAGGGCUGUACGCGCACCUACAGCACGGCAGGAAACCUGCGCACGCAUCAGAAGACGCACCGCGGUGAAUACACUUUUGUGUGUAAUCAGCAGGGCUGCGGCAAAGCCUUUCUCACAUCCUACAGCCUGAAGAUCCACGUCCGUGUCCACACGAAAGAGAAACCCUUUGAAUGUGACGUUCAGGGCUGUGAAAAAGCCUUCAACACACUCUACAGACUGAAAGCGCACCAGAGGCUGCACACUGGGAAGACGUUUAAUUGUGAAUCAGAGGGGUGCACUAAAUACUUCACUACACUCAGUGACCUGAGGAAGCACAUCCGCACACACACUGGAGAAAAACCAUUCCGGUGUGAACGUGAUGGCUGUGGUAAGGCUUUUGCUGCUAGUCAUCACCUAAAAACACAUGUACGGACACACACUGGAGAGAGGCCGUUCUUCUGUCCGAGUGAUGGCUGUGAGAAGACCUUCAGCUCUCCAUACAGUCUGAAGAGUCACAUUCGUGGUCAUGAUAAAGGGGCACUCUUCACAGUGAGUCACCCACUCUCAGAGGAUGCAAAUCACUCGCUGUGCCUCAGUGAUUUGAGCCUCAUUUCCACAGACUCUGAAUUCCAGGAGAACAACAACAACUCUCAGAAUUUGGAUCUGAACAGUGUCACUCCCAUACGGAUAUUUGAGCUGAUGUUCCAAAGUCCAGAAAACAGUGUCAGCCAAGAUGAUCCAAAACCUUCAGAACAGAGCCAACAUAACAUACAUAAGUUGGAUUACACUAAACAACACAAUGCAUUGCAUGAAGGAACCAUAUAG